GUGCAAGCGAAGAAAUAACCAAACCCGACCCCAAUCAUGUAUCAAAUAUAUUCACACCUCUAACCACAUUCUGUCUCCUACCUUCAAUUCUUUCAAUGGAGACCCAAAAUCUUCAAGUCGUUCCAGUACAACAUGAUUACCGCGCCAAUGUUGACACUUCUCGGGCCUUCAGCUCCGUCAAGGAAGCUGUUGCCGUCUUCGGAGAGCGGCUUCUCCUCGGAGAGUUCUUUUCACCAUCACCAUCCCCUAAACCACCGCAGCUGCUUCCACCUUACACCAAGGAAGAAACGGAAAUAAUUUCAUCAAGGAACAAGUUUGUCACUUCACCAAGUACUAGUGCUGAUCCACAAAGUGAUGAAAGUGAUCAUGUUUUGGAUAGUCUCAAGAAACUUGAGGCUGAGCUUGAACAAACCAAGGUGGAGUUGAAGUUGCUCAAGGAGAGAGAGUCCGAAACUGAGGUGGCAUUGGCAACCUUGAAUGCAGAGCUUCACAAGAACAUGUCCAAGUUGGCUCAGGCUGAGGCCGCUGCAGCAGCUAAGGCAGCGGAUAGUAGUAAUCACCAUGUUAUCAGUUCCAUGAGAACAAAUUCGGAGGAAGCAGAGAGGAAUGUUAAGAUGGACCAGUGGUCGAUGAUCAGGAUGGAGGACUCUACAUCUUUGGCUCAGAUGUUGAGCAUUGGUGCUCAACAUGAGAAGCAAUAUGGCUAUGGGAGCGGAGGCAAAAGAGAGAGGAAUAAUAAGAUGAUGAAGAAAAAACCUAUUGUUCCUCUUCUGCAGGACUUGUUUUCUUGGAAAAAGGGGUCUUCCACUCCCCUCCAUGACCAUCUCUAUUCGUCUCCAAAACUCUAUUAUUGAGCAUGGGUAAAUAUCAACAAAAAUAUCAUUUGCAACUUUACCUGA